AUGCCUCUCACUGAAGAACAAAGGCAGCACUGGCUGGAACACGGCUUCGUCAAGAUCCCUCAAUGUUUCACCAAGGAAGAUGCCGACAACUGGACAGCCUCCAUCUGGGCUCGCCUGGGCAUCUCCCCGAAGGACAAGUCCACUUGGAAUAGUGAAAGAGUCAACAUGCCCGGCCACACAGUCGUCGACGUGAAAGACUUUGCGCCAAAGGCAUGGGAUGCGAUCUACAACUGGCAUAACGACGGAGAUUGGUUCACGCAUUUCCUGGAUAGCGGGGAGCAAGCGCUCUUGGUAAUCCCAUUAUUCAGCGAUAUCAAGUCCAAGAGAGGCGGAACUGUGAUAUGCACCGAUGGAAUUGGUCUUGUAGCUAAGCAUCUGUACGACCACCCCGAAGGAACAUGGCCAUCGCUCGCAUCUCGCUCGGGUCCAACCCCUCCGCCUCCAGAGGGAGGCAAACAGUGGAGAGACUGGGCACAAGAUCCCCAACUCACACGGUCUGAGUCCUUCCACGAAGCCACCGGACAAGCAGGCGACGUCUACCUCCUCCACCCGUUCAUGUUGCAUUCUGCAUCGCGCAAUCUCCUGCGUGAAGUCCGCAUCAUCACUAACCCUCCCGUCUCUCUCAAGGAGCCCUUCAACUAUAACCGACCCGACGGUAAAUACAGUCUUGUAGAGCAGAAGACUCUGAAGGACCUCGGCCGACCCGAGGGUUUGCCGGAGUGGAAGAUCACAAGGGAGAGGGAGAUGCUGACUCCCGCGCGUGUGCAGAUACAGGAAGACAUGCGCCAGAAGGAGUUGGAACGACUGAACCAGGCGGGAUCUUCUGUCACGAAGCUGGGAACUGCCAAGCCUCUCGAGUCCUACUAUCCAUCAUGA